AAUGUGAUUAUUAUGGCAGUCCAAAAGGCUGCUUAUGGUAUUGAUCUAUCGUCGGCCUCAAGAGUGUUCUUUGUCAGUCCUGUUUGGCAACCAGCAAUGGAACAGCAGGCUAUCAAGCGCGCUCAUCGGAUUGGACAAAAAAGACCGGUCUACGUUGAAACCCUCGUCAUUCAAAAUACGAUUGAGGACGCGUUAUUACAAAGAAGGAAUCAAGUAUCAAGUGGG